AUGGCUAAUGGGAUUGCUAAAUCAUUUAACUCUUGGAUUGCAAUUGAGCGUUUGAUGCCGGUCUAUUGUAUGCUGGACCAGACAAGAAUAAAACAAAUGGAGCAGAUGGGGGAGAGGAGGGAAGAGGCACAACGUUGGACCACAAAACUAACUCCCAAAAUGGAGGAAAGGUUGAAGGUGCAGAUGGAGAAAUCUCGUCAUUUCAGUGUCCAUUAUUCUAGCCCUGGAGUUUACGAGAUCAAUUGUUUUCCUUGUCCUCACGGCCUUGCUGCAAUACAAGCUGCCUCUGAAAAUGUCUAUGAUUAUAUUGAUAAGUACUUUCGUGUUGAUAUGUUCAAGAAGAGCUACAGUUUUCCUAUCUGGCCGAUAACCAAUGUUGAUAUGUCUUCUUUUGAUUCUGCUACUGAAUGUAUAUUACCUCCCCUUGCGAAGAGGCCACCCGGGAGGCCUAGAGUGAAGCGGUUCAAGUCAGUUGGAGAGGUUGAAAAGAAACUUAUUCGUUGUGGCCGUUGUGGCAAAAUGGGCACUCAUAACAAGUUGAGCUGCACUGAACCUCUCGUUCAGCAAUAG